AUGGAAUCCUCUGGCGCAGCAGCCUGGACUACCCAAAUGGACCGCAUCACGGUCCUGGAACAGGACCGGUCUCUACUUAAUUUGAUGACCAUCAUCCGGGACUUGAAUACCAAUGAUCGGGACUUUUCCGCUGCUGUGGAGAAGGUUGUGCGCCGGUUGAUCACGGCCGCAUUGGGCCACGUCCCCGCAGAAGAGUACACUGUCACUACUCCGAUCAACAAGCCCUACACCGGAAUCCGGUUCACGAAGGGUGUUUGCGGUGUCAGUAUCCUCCGUGCCGGUGCCUGUAUGGAACAGGCGCUGCGGGAUACUUGGACUGGACCCCUUAGUUUCGGUAAGCUGCUCAUCCAGCGCGAUGAGGAGACUAGCAUCGCCAAGAUCUAUUACUCGAAGUUGCCGGCGGGGAUUACGGAUGAUAUCGUCCUGCUCCUGGAACCCAUGCUCGCGACCGGCGGAUCUGUGAUCAAAGCUGUAGAGAACUUGACGAGCAAUGGUGUUCCUGAGGAAUCUAUUGUUCUUGUUAAUGUGGUGUCGUCGCAGAAGGGACUGGAUGUUGUUUCUGGCAGGUUUCCGGGCCUGAAGGUUGUUGCUGCGGCGGUGGAUGCGGAGUUGACUGCUCAGAACUACAUUAGUCCUGGUCUGGGAGACUUUGGUGACAGGUACUAUGGAACCACUCAUUAG